AUGUCGACGUUAGGAACGAGCUAUUACAUUGAAACGCCUGUUCUUCCCGAGCAUGAAGAUAUGACACCGAGGUACUCGUCAACUGCAGGGGUGGAGCAGGCGAUGCUCACCGAAUAUGGCGGACAGGAAUCUUGCCCUUUGCAGACGAAAUCUUCUAUUUUUGGUGGAUCUUGGAGUCCCAUCGCGGCCCACCCUCCAAAUACAGCCACUCCGACCUAUAUACAUCACCACUACACGAGCGGGGACAACGAUGGCAUGUUUACGCGCUCCUGGGCGUUGGAUCCGGUCUCUGCGUCCCUGUGUUUGACGGGAUUACCAUCGACAGCCAUGCAUUAUGAGAUAAAACCCGAGCCUCGGAUUGGGAGUGCUGAUUGUACAACUUUGGAGACACACACACCUCUUUUGUCUGACAUUGAAAACGGAGCGUCCCUUGCGGAGAUUCCCUGCCAAACCACAUCCACGUCUAAAGCCACUGGAGAGAGCCCGUCAGCAGAGGACAAGAGGGAGAUAGUUGCAAAUAACCCAUCGUCCAACUGGCUUCACGCAAAGUCCACCAGAAAAAAGCGUUGUCCAUAUACAAAGUAUCAAAUCCUCGAACUGGAAAAGGAGUUUCUGUUUAACAUGUACCUCCCGAGGGAUCGUAGAUAUGAAAUAGCGAGAGUCCUGAGUUUGACCGAGAGACAGGUGAAAAUCUGGUUUCAGAACCGCAGGAUGAAGAUGAAGAAAGAAAACAAAGACCGGCGAAGAGACAGUUAA